AUGGCCCCGCGGGGGUGCCUCCCCCGCUGCCGCCCUCGGGGGAGCGUCCGCCCGCGGGGGCGCGCCCGACGUCCGCCACCACCACCGCCGCCUCCUGGCUCGGGGACCGGGGUUUCCCUCAGUAGCCCGGCACCGCCCCCGAGAGGACGCCUGCGGCUCGGACCGCCCCGCCGGCGCGGGGACGGCCGACCGGCCAACGGAGCUCGCCCCGCGCGCGGCCCGGAACGCCCCGCCCGGGCCCUCGCCCUGCCGCGCCGCCCCUGUGGGCCCGCUGCGGGCGGAGGGUCGGAGGAGCCGCCUCCCCGGAAGGCGCCCUCGCGCCCCCCCCUUCGCUUUCUCGCUUUCGGCCGUCGCUCGCCGGGCGCCGACGGCGCCGCUCGCUCCGCGCGCGCCCCGGGGGCCGCCCGCGCUCGCCGCUUCCGAGCCCCCCCCCCCGCCCGCUCGCCCGCGCGCGCGGGGGGGAAGGACGGGGAAGCGACCGAGGCGCCGACGGGCGGGGCGCGGCGGCGGCGGCGGGCCGCCGGCCGCCGAGCGACGAAAGACGAGAAAAAGAGGGGCGCGCGGCGCGCCUUCCGGCGGCGGCCCCGCCGGGGACCCUGGCCGCCCGCAGCCGGCGGGCCGGCGCGGAGGAGAGGGCCGCGGGCUCGGGCCAACUCGGAGCCGCGGCGCGGCCCGGCGGCCCGGCGCGGACGGCGUUCGGCGGCGCCGCCCGCUUUCUCUCUCGCCUGCCGGGGCGCGGCGCGCGGCUCCACGACGGGAAGCGGCGUGGCCCCGCGCCGCCGCGGCGGCGGCGGGGACCGAGCGUUCGAGUCACAGCGGGCGCGACCGGGCGCGGCGCGGCGCGCGCCGACGCCGGCCUGGCGGCCCCCCGACUUGGGUUUCCCGGGAGCUGCCCGGCGGGUCAUGGGAAUAACGCCGCCGGAUCGCCAGUCGGCAUCGUUUAUGGUCGGAACUACGACGGCGGCCUCCCGCGGGCUCGCCUUCCUUUCCCUCGCGCGGCCGCGCGCGCGCCACGCCGCCGGCCGCGGCUCGGCUGGGGCUGACCCGCCCCCGAAGCCGGCCCGGCCGGCCGGCCGGCGGCUCGGCCGCGCGGCACCACCGGACGUGCUAGAGGAGACGGCGACCCGACGAGGCGGGCGCGGCCCGGUCCCCGAGGCCCCUUCGGCCGGGGCGGCUCGCUCGGCAGCGGGCGGCGGCGCGGCGACCCGCUGCGCUCUCCGGCGCUACCUGCGGGCGGGGGGCGCUUCCCCCCGAGCCUUUUUCUUUCCUCCCUUUUCUCUCUCGCCUCUCUCUGGCUCGCCGUCGCGGCUCCGGCCGCACCGCCGCCCGGCGCUGCGCGCGGCCGGCACCCACGGGCGCCACCCGGACCCAGGCCGGCACCGGCACCUCGCCUGUUUUUACCCAAGGACACCUGAAAAGCUCGCGGGGCCGCGCGGCCGUCACACAGCUCGGUACGGUGAAGAAGCCCCUCCCCGGCGGGAGGGGCGACACCUCGCCUGCCACGGGAAGCCCACGGGCAGAGGAGACCGCCCGGCCCGAACACCGGCCUCCGCCGCGCCUCUCGGCCGGCCACGGAGGAGCGCCGGCCCGCCGGGGGCCCUCUCCCACGCCUCCCGAAAAGCCUCAUCCAUCGUCACUCGGGGAACGGCCCCACGGCCACUCUCGCUCAGCCUGCCACUACGCGGAGGACGGCACGUGCCCCAGGCCGCCGACGCCGGCGGCCCGCACGCUACUCUCCACGGCUCUCUCCCGGCCCGGCAGGAGGCGGGUGCCGCCGGACGCCCGGCUCCGGACAACCCACGCUUCCGGCCCCGCCGGGCCCACGGCCGCCCCCCGCAGAGCGGCACACCUCCAGCGUGCGAAAGCGCCACCGAACAAAGGCCGGGGGACGGCGACGGGGAGAAAAACAAAAAGCCCCCGAGAAAAAAGCACGCGCGCCUCUCGCUCGCCGUGCUAGCCACGGCCGCCCGGGGCUCGGGGCGGGGCCCGCGCCCCUCGCUCCCCGAUUCCCUCUCGCUGCCCACGGGCUCGCGCCUCGGCGGCGGCCGGCCGCUGCCGGGCCGCUCUCGCGCUCUCACGCACUUUCUCUUCCCUGGCGCGCUCGGCGUGCUGCGGCUUAAGGCCGCCGGAGCAAAAAUCAAAAAAACGGAAAAAAAAGGCCGGGAGGGCGCCCCACUUCGCCCGCAACCCGGCCCCCGGCCGACAGACCUUCGCGGAACCCAGCCCUCCGGCAGCCAGGCCGGCGGGGCAGGCCCGACCGCACGGGCCGCCCGGCCGCCGUGGCUCUCGCGCCGGCCUAAGAGGAGGGAGGGGCGAGGCGCCGCCGCCUCGCCCGCCAACGGCCAUCGUGCGUCCCCAGGGCUCCCCGGCGACUCUGUCGGGUUCUCGGUCUGCCGGCGCGGCCGCCGGCCACAGCCUGGCCGGCCGGCGCCGCCGCCUUCGGCCCGCUGGGCGGGUCCCCGGCUUAGGGCCGAGGAAGGGGGAACGAACAAAAGAGCCGAGGCGCGCCGAGGGCGCCGCCUCGCCCGACCAUCGGGCGGUCCCGUCACCGAGCCCCUCCGGCAACCGGCCGGGCCCAGGCGAGGCCGCACGCCCACCGCCAGUCCCCGGCACGCCGCCGGCACCGCUGCCGCCCGGCAGCCGAGGACAGGGCGCCGCCACCCAGGCCCGGGCCAUCUUCGGGGCUCUCGGGAGGCGGCCGGGGAAAAAGCCCGCGCGGGCUCGGCCCUUCGAGCCCCGGCCGCCAACCGCCCGCAACAAUGCCCGCCGCCGCCGCCGGACGACGGGCGCCGGCUUAAGGCCGGCCCACCGAAAGGACGAGACGCCGCCGCCUCGCCGCCCUCGCACACCAUCGCCUUCGCCCGGGGCCCUCAGGGAGCCGGCAGCCGCCACCGGCUCGGGCUGGACGCUGCUGUCGGGCCCCCGCGGGCCCCCCUCGGCCGUCCCAGUCCCGCACUCCCUCGGCUGCGCUUUCGCGCUCGGCUCUCGUCUUCCUCUCCCGUCAUCGGGCCCGCCCGAGGAAGCCGGUCGAGAGCCCCGCGGCUUUCUCGCGCCGGCCUUCCUGCCGCUCGUGGGGUUGGCCGGCCCGUGGCACGCGCCGAAGGCCGCGCGGCAGCAGACGCGGAAGAAAAGGGGCCCUCGGAACCCGCGCUGCUAGACAACCCCUGCCCACAAUACGGACAGACGCGUCCUGGCGCCGCCGCGCCUCCGAAGCGGCUCGAGGCUCCUCAGCGGGGAGGCGCGCGAGAGCAGGCCGCCUCUCGCCUAGACCUAACCGGAGGCGGCGCCCGACAGCGACCCCUUGGCCGACUUCCGGGGCCGGCCGCGACAACAGGUCUACCCCGAAAAUGCCGACAGGCGCCUAAGUCCCGCCGGAGCCGGGUAGACCUGGUGGCCCUGCGCCGGGACGCCGCCGGGGCGCAGGCCGCCGGCGGCGGCCGCGGCGGCCGCAUCGGCCGGCUCCGGAACCGGGUAGACCUGAUGCUCGCCAGCCCCGGAACCGGGUAG